AUGUCCCUGAGUGAUAUUCUUAAAGCUGAAGGCCUCUCGGAAGCUCUCAUCAAGGUGGCAACCGAUGCGGGGUGGACUUUGUCCACCUUCCGCCAUGCGGCGGAUUCCCCAGCUGAUCUUGAGAAAGUGCUUCCAGAAAUAUUUGGAUCUUCAGAGCUUUCCCGUCUUCAGAUUGCGCAAGUUCGGGCAGCGUGGGCUGGGUUGUCGAGCAGCGCAUCUUCGGCCCCGCCUGCAGUUCCCGCAUCAGCUUCAGAUACCAGUUCUUGGGUAGAAACCUUUGCGCCAAAGAUCACUGCCUUGAAGCUUACGGAGUACAAGAAAGCCUUUCUUGCCGCAUACACGAGCGAGAUAUUGUCUCCAUGCUCAAUGCCUUCGCUUCGUCUGGUAUCCCUAGCUGCUCAUCAAGAAAGUAAGAAAGACUACAAGUGGAUCCCCUGGAAACAUCGCAUGUCAGAAGAGAAAGCGGCUGAGCUUCAAUUGAGUAGGCCAGCCAAACAGCCGCGUUUGGAAGCGCUCGGCAUUUCCAGUUUGCUUCUUGAUGAGCCUCCCACGUUGGAGGUGGGCGAUAAUUUCAUGGGUGUCAGUGCAGUGCAAAGGAUCCUAGCGAUCCACGAUGUUGCAUUGGCUAUGGUAGGCUCUUGUCACCUGGCUCGCUUGAAAGCUUAUAGUAGCAAGUUCAUACAUCUUUUGUCUCAGCGCCACGAAGCUUCAUCAGGCUUGCGAGCUCCCACAAUUCUAGAGGCCCAGCAGGCUGAUUGCAAAUUGUGGCAGGGGAUUUAUGCCCUAGUUCUUGAAAAGGAUUGGAGCUUGAACGAUGCAAUCUUCGAGUAUACUGAAAUUAGGGGUGACAUGUCAAACUUGCUUCAGGCUCGGGCUAGGCCCCCCCCGCCCUUGCGCUUCAAUGAGAAAGGCAUCAAAGGCAAAGGGCUUGGUCGCUUCAUGUCGGAAGCUUGGAAGGGCCACAGCUUUGAGGGCAAAGGCAAAAGCCCCGGCAAGGAAAAAGGCUCCAAAGGCAAACCCUCGGGCAAAGGGGGUGCGGCUCCUGGGGAAUCUUUCCCUGGCGUGGUACCCUUGUUGGGCACUGCUUCGGAGCAUCCGGCUCCCAAUGAUCCGCAUCUUGCGGGCGUGCGUCAGGCUCCAGCUUCGCUUCACAAUAUGCCUAAUGGUGCUCUACAGGUUCCGGCCACUUCGGUAGCCUCUGCUUCUGAAGUGCAUGUUCAUGAUUACGCUUCAUGCCUCGCGUUACUUCAGUCAGCUUGUUGGCCACCACCGAGCGCGCAGUCUCGCUCAGUAGUGUCGGCAAACUCUGUUUCAUCAGGCUACUGGAACUUUGGUUGCCAGGUCAGCGAUCGCACGGCACUCACUCGGGUGUCUCGAGCUCUGCCGGCUGUAUGCAAAGCUCUGAACAAAUUCUUGCGCUUACAGUUCCCAACUGAAUCCUGGAACUCGCUGUGCGUGGCUAAGAAUGUGGUCACCUCGGCUCAUCGGGAUACAGCUAAUGUGUUGGGGUCUUUCAAUCUUUCGGUUAGCUUGGGUUCCUUCACGGGGGGUUCGCUUUGGCUUGAGGAUGCAUCAGGCGAUCAUCUGCGCUUCAUACCAACGCUUAAUUCCCAGCUUAAGGGCAAACUCCUUUGCACGAAAGAAAACCCCAUCAAAUUCCCAGCGCAUUCUUGGCAUAUGACAGAACCCUUUUGUGGUGAAAGAUGGGUCUUGACUGCCUUCACCAUGGCAAACUGUGACAAUGCCCUGCUGGGUCCGCUUGAAUUCCCUAUUUCUCAAUCUGUGUCCCAGGCAUCUUCAGUGCGCCCUGUGAUGACGCAGCGAGCCGAGCCGUUAUCAGCCGCUUCAGGAAAUACAGUCAAUUGGGGUCAACCUUCGGCUUUUGGGUUUAGGCACCAUUCCCUAAGGCCCCCGGUUCCCGCCCCGGCCCCACGUAGCCCCUCGCAUGCACUGGAUGCUCUAGCGAACAUCCCUCAGCGCUUUUUCCUGGACAUUUGCUCGGGUGUGACCAAACCGCUCUCAUGUGCAGUGGAGGCGUGUGGCCUGGCUACGCUUUCCAUUGAUAUUCUUUUGGACCCAGCUUUUGACUUACUCCAAGAUGAUUUCUUUGAGCAGCUUCUGUUCAUUUGCGGUUCAGGCGCAGUGGGUUACUGCGCGGCAGCUCCUAGCUGCUCGCAUUACUCGCGCUUGAAGCUUUCAGGUGGGCCACCCUUCCCGAUCCGCACGCCGGAACACUUGGAUGGAGUUCCCGGGUUGGGUCCUUCGGACCUGGCUAAACUUCAGGAAAGCCACGAAAUCCUGUCUCGCUGCUGCAAAUGUGUGUCCAUAGUCUAUUCAGCUGGUGGGCACGGUCAUAUCGAACAGCCUCCAGGAGCAAUGUCCUGGGAAGAGAGUUGCCUACAGUCUUGGCUUCAUGAGUGCUCAGCUUCCAUGAUCUGGGUGGCUGCAUGUGGCUAUGGCCUCCCCUGGAAAAAAUCAUGGUUGUUUGCUUCCAGCUUUGCGCCACUGCGCAAUAUGGGUUGUGUUUGCGAGCAUGGAAGAGAUGCACAUCCAGUCAUGCGCGGCCUCGACAAUUCGGGCUUGUUUAAAAGCAGGCAAACAGCUCAGUAUCCUGAGGCACUUGCAACCACUUUUGCAGCUCAGAUUCAAGUGCUUCUGGCCAAGUCCGGCCCUGCAUUGACAUUGCGUGAUGCCCUCACAUUGGUGCCAUGUAAGCCUAUGGAUCAAUUACCCCACGCAGUUCAUGAUGGGGCAGGUCGUCAUUCGCACGCUGACUGGAGUGCACCCUGCGCGCCAGAUCUGUUGCGAAACUUGCGCUCUUUCCUGCUUAAGGCAACCGCAUCUAUGAGCGGUCCAUCCCGCCUGCUUCAACGUCGCUAUGAGCCCAGCAAAGAACCGCUUUUUUCCGCUUCAGAAGUUGCUCGGGUUAGGGAAGGUUUUUUCUCGGCAUUAGGCAUUCCAGCUCCAGCCAACGCUUGGCUACAGAGGGCACACCAACCCUUGGCUUUAAAUGCUUUGGAAGCUGUCGCUCGAGUAUGCUUAGAUGCGGAUACAACACUCUUCCCAUCCUUGAAAGCAGGCGUACCAACGGGUUUCCAGUCGGACAUUCCGCCAUCGCAUAGUUUUUGGCCCAACAUUCGUGAAUCUUUAGAUGACAUACCACUCUCGAUUCAUUUGCAGAAUUGGCGCUCUGCUACGGUGGAACCUGCCGUUACCCGCAGGCUGCUUCAGGAGGAACUUGAUCAGGGUUUUUGUUUCAGGUUCCAGGGAUCGUUGGCCGAUGCCCAGCAACGUUGGCCCCUGGGGGUUGCGCUUGGGAAACUUGCAGUGGUUAGGGCCCCAGGUAGAUCAGAAAGGCUUUGUCUCGACAACUCAGUGUGUGGCACCAAUGCGAACUGUUCGGUGCCAGAGAAGCAGCAUAUGCCUUCAGCUCGCGAUGUGUUGCAUUCCUAUCCUUUGCGUGAGUGCUCGCAGAUUCAAGGUGCGCUCUCGAUAGAUAUUAAGAGUGCCCAUAAGCGCUGCGUGGUCAAAGAUGCGGAACAAGGCUUGCUUGGGUUCACAUGUGAAGAACCAGACGGGUCCAAUGCCCUCUACUUCUAUCGCACAUGCCCAUUUGGGGCCACGUUUGCCCAGCAUUGGUGGGGGCGACUCGGCUCAUGCAUCCUUCGUAUCCUUCACAUUCUCAUCUACAUAGCCCACACGGGCCACCUGUUUGUAGAUGAUUAUCUCUUUUCUCAGGAGAUGUCCAUUCUUCCAGCAACGGGUGCCAUGAUUUGCAUGUUCAUGCAGAUUAUGGGGGUGCCUCUUUCCUGGCACAAACUUCAGAUCGCUGUUCGGGUCACUUGGAUAGGCUGGGAUUUUCAGUACUCUGCUGGUAUCGUGUUGCUUAAAGAAUCAAAGCGCUUGAAAUUGCUGGGCAUGGUGCAGGAUUUGCGUCAAAACCCCCGCUUGACCAAAAAAGAUUUGGAACGCUUCAUUGGCUUGGCACUUUGGGCCACAAGCCUUUUCCCGGUCAUGAAGAGCAUGCUGCACACUUUCUAUCACGAUCUUUACAGUCCAGCUGCUACGAACUACAGUAUUCCACCAGAACGGUGGCACGAAAUCGCAAGAUACUUGUCGCAGGAUUUGCAUUUCACUGUGACGCCGCCAGGUACGGGGAUUCCCAUCGGUUCCAAAAUGCUUUCGGCGCGUCACCAAGACCUGCAUUCUCUUCAAGAUCUUGAAAAAGUUCGGGUAUCUGAUCGUAGGCUUUGGAUUCGGGUUUCUAGUCAGCACAGUAAGAAGCGAAAAUUGAGCUUGAACUCGCUGCGCAUUCUUGGUCUCCUUGAGCAUUGGCUGUUGCACAUGUCACCAUUCCGCUCGAUGCGACAGCCAGCCACUCCGCUCUUUGAUGCACGUGCGGAUGCCAGCGCCAAGGGCUCUCAUUGCUGCAUAGGGGGCUACGUUCGCCAUCCUUCAUUAGGUCACCGCUGGUUUCAACAAACCUUUGCUCACGCUGAUUUCUUAGCUUUGGGCAUUGGGGUUCAAGCUGAUAUGGCAAGGGAGAUUUCGUGUUAUGAAGCUCUUGCACAGGCAGCGCUGAUACUUGCGGCAUCUGCCUUGCUUCCAUGCAGUUGCAUCCCAAUUACUCUCAGAGCUCUUUCAGACAACACGGGUGCUGAGGCAGGUGUUAACGACUCCUUGACCACAAGUCAGCCACUGUGUUUCUUCUUGGAACGGAUUUCCCUUCUUGCGGCAGUGCAUAGAAUCACGCCUGAUGUUUCGCACAUACCGGGCGAGGCUAAUGACAAAGCUGAUGCACUAUCUAGACCACAAGAGCAUCCCUUGCCUCACGAUUGUUUGCAGCAUGAGCGCAUUUCAGCAACGCUUCAGGAUCUUUGGCUACCGCGGCCAAUGAUCAGUGUGUCACCUUCUUCGGUUCAGCUUCCGUGGCAAAUUCGUUCGCGUGGAGACCCGGGCCAUGAGAACACCAACGACAUCGAGCAUCCUGAAGAGAACCAGACUUUGGGCUCCACAGUUGCCGAGGACCCGGGCCAUCAGAACACCAACGACAGCGAGCAUCCUGAAGAGAACCAGACUUUGGGCUCCACAUUUGCCGAGGACCCGGGCCAUCAGAACACCAACGACAUGCUCGCUGAAGAGAACCACCAGGAGGAGACUUUGGGCUCCAGAGUUGCCGAGGAUGGCGAGGCUUCCGGUGCUGGUGGUGAGGAUUCCCAGCCCUCCAACGGAGAUGGCUCGGAUGACAGCAGCUACGAGCAGGUGGUGGACGGCGAGAACAGGGAGUACUGGGAGGCGGAGUUGAAAAAGGCCAAGGAUACUUUGGAGUUUUGGCGAUGCAAAAAAUUUUAUGCCAAGAGCUGCCUCAGCAAGUUCAAGUCGCGAUCACGAUCCAGGGGCCCACCCAUGAACUUCGACAGCCAGUGCGAUCCCUGCUGGUCUACACAAACUUCGGCUGGCAUUGCGAUCCUUGCGGGAUACCCAGCCUCCGAAACAUGUGCCGUAGGAGUGGAGUGGGCUUGUGUGUGCAUAAGUGCAGAGAUUCCAGAAGCAUUGCAUGCGACACUUUGUGUGGGAUACGGAACCGCACAGCUUUUGGGCUUUGGAGUUUGUGGGCUCUUCCGUGCUGCCAUGGAUACCGGUGAGGACUCCCAAGUUUUUAUCGAGCCCGAGAAAGCCGAUCCUAAGGAGGCCAGGGAGGUCGUUGUUGUCACCGCCCCAGUAGAUGUUCUUCACGGCAGCAACACAAAGGAGGUGUUUAGCGACAGCCAGGAGGUGAUUCGCGAGCCAAAGAACAAGAAGCCCAGGACCAGCGAGAAGAAGACAGAUGAGGACUAG